AUGCGGAAAGCAUCCACGACAUCAGCCAAAGCCCUGGAGGCCUCUUAUGCUAUGUCUUUGCUCAUAGCUAAAGCCAAGAAACUGUUCACUAUAGGUGAAGAGCUGCUUCUUCCAGCUGCUGUUGUGCUGGCUGAGACGAUGCUGGACAAAAACGCAGUGGAGAAAUUCAAGACUGUGCCUUUGUCGAAUGACUCUGUUUGCUGCAGAGUAGACAAAAUGGGAACAGACAUUGUCGAGCAAGUUGUAGCAAAACUUAGCAACUCUUUUUCCCUCCAGCUGGAUGAGUCCACAGAUGUCAGUAGAAAUGCACAACUUGUAGCUUUUGUGAGAUACGUCGAUACUGACGACAUUUGUGAGCACAUACUAUUUUGCAAAACUCUCGAAGGGAAAAAAACAGGAGAGGAUAUUUUUAAUGUUUUCAACACCUUCUUCUGUGAAAACGGCUUCAGCUGGAAAUCUUGCAGCAGCAUCUGCACGGACGCAGCAGCAUCAAUGACGGGCAGCGCAAGAGGACUCAUAGCACACAUAAAAAAGGAAAAUACCGACGUGAAGUGGACUCACUGUGUGAUACACAGGGAGGCAUUGGCGUCCAAGAAAAUGAGCCCUGAGUUACAUGACAUUUUAAAUGACACCAUCAAAGUGGUUAACUUUAUCAAAUCGAGGCCACUUAAUGCACACCUUUUUCGCCACCUCUGUGAAAAUAUGGGAGCUGAACACACACAGCUGCUGCUCCACACAGAAGUGUGCUGGCUCUCUCGAGGAAGAAUACUCAACCGGUUGUUGGAAUUACGACCUGAGGUAACCACCUUUCUGAAUGACCACAAAUCCCCCCAUGCCACCUUAUUCCAAGACACAGACUGGCUGGUAAAGCUGUGCUAUCUGGCAGAUAUAUGCAGCAAACUGAACGAACUGAAUAUGUCUCGACAAGGCAAAGACACCAGCAUUUUAAAUUUCUAUGAUAAGGUGGGCAGCUUCCUGAAGAAAGCAGAGCUGUGGAGAGGGGCCUGUGCACAGGGAAAUUUCACCUGCUUUCCUCAGGUGGAUGAUUUUCUCUCUGGUAAGGAUGUGAACAGAGCUCCAGUCAAGUCCCUCAUAGUGGGACAUUUGGCCAACCUGAUUCAAAAUUUUCAUUCCUACUUUUCUGAAAUAGAGGAGAAAUCUGCACAGCUGGACUGGGUCAGAAACCCCUUUCUCUUGUCUGAAGCAAACAGAAGCAAGCUACCUGUUGCUGAUCAGGAAAAACUCUUGGAAGUGUCAUCUGACCGUGGCCUCCAGAUGAAGUUUGCCACAUCCACACUCACACAGUUUUGGGUGUAUGUGAAGCAGGAGUGCCCUGACCUGGGACAGAAAGCUUUGGAGCAGCUACUACUCUUUGCCUCCACAUAUUUAUAG